AUGCCGCCGCGUAGGAGAGUUGUUCGUAACCCGGCCGCCAGUGCUACUCGAGAGGGUGGAGGUGAGAAUGUGCCACCACCGCCACCACCGCCAGUGAUCCCACCGCCUCCACCGCCGGUAUUUCCACAGAUCGAUCAGGCUGCUAUCAUGCAGAUGGUACAGCAAGCUGCUCAGGGGGUAGUUCAGCAGGCUGCCCAAGAGGCUGCCAGGAUAGCUGCACAGGAGGUUGCCAGACAGCUGGCUGCAGCUCAGCAGGGACAUGCCCAUCAGGUGCCGCAUGGUCCACAGAUUCAGGUGCAGCAGGGACCGCAGAUUCAUGUCCAGCAGGGUGCCCCAGUUCAGGUUCAGGGUAACCCGCAAGUUCCACCACCGCAGGGAGAGCAGCAUGGAGUUGAUGAGGACCUCAUGAGAGUGAUGGGGCGGAUGAGGCACGUGGACUUGGAGAAAUUUAGGGGGACAGUGAAUGCUACCGAAGCUUACCAGUGGAAGUACAGACUGACCAAGUGUUUGAGGACUAUCAAGUGUCCACUCCACCUUUGCCUUAACAUUACAGAGUUAUAUCUGCGUGGGGAUGCAGCAGUUUGGUGGGAGGGAGUGUGUUCGAUGCGCGAGGAGGAGGAUUAUCCGACCUAUGCUGAUUUCCUCGUUGCGUUCGACAAGAAAUACUUUCCCAAGGAGGCAUUACACCAGAAGAGGAAUGAGUUCCAGCAUUUGACCCAGGGUGGCAAGACCGUCAGGCAGUAUGAGCAUGAGUUCCGAGAGCUUCGCAUGUUUGCUGGUACCCAUUUCGAUGAGGAGGACUUGAUGAGGAUGUUCCUAAAUGGGAUGAGAGUGGAUCUCCGCGGCAGAUGCAGUAUGGCUAAUUACACCAGCUUGGAGGAUAUGGUAGAAAAGGCUGUUGUGCAGGAGACAUGUCUUGCUGAAGAGCAGAAACAGUCCAAGGCAACUCAGCCUAGGACCGGGAGGACUUCAGAGUCACAGAGGAGGACUGGGGAUCCAAACCUCAAGUGCUAUGGUUGUGGAAAGACUGGACAUAUUCAUAGGAAUUGUCGGACGAGACCAUUGGGUGGCCAGGGUGUAGCAUCAGUAGCAGCAGCACAGACAGCACCAGCAGCACCAGCAGCUGCCGUAGUUUGCUACAGUUGUGGCCAGCAGGGUCAUAUUUCCAGACAUUGCCCGACCACGGGGCCUGCGGCCAAGCGUCAGGCCAUUGCUCCGCGUGUGUAUGCCUUAGGAGAGGCCAAUGGAGCUGAGCCGAUAGCUGGGUCGGUCUCUGUUGGAGGUGAGAUGGCUCACACUCUAUUCGACACUGGAGCUUCCAUUAGCUUUGUGAGUUCGCGUUUCGCUAAGUCUUGGCCUUUCCGAGGUGUUUUCGAGCCGAAGACAAAACAAAUUAUCACAGCUGGGGCAGAGAGAUUGAAAACCACAGGCAUUCAUCGAGAUGUACCGGUUCUACUUGGUGGGAUUAAUUUCAGUGGAGACUUAGCAGAGAUGGAGCUAGACUACUAUGAUGUCGUACUUGGGAUGGAUUGGCUGUCACGGCAUCGAGUGGUAAUAGAUUGUCUUAGGGCAAGAGUUCACAUCCCUAAAGGAGAUGCAAAGAUCACAUGCCAAUGUGUUCCUGCCUAUCAGGGAAUCUCUAUUAUCUCCAUGAUGCACGCUGAUGAUCUAUUGGAAAGAGGAGCAGAGGGAUUUUUGGCGACUAUUUCGAUAGAUAAGGGUGAUGAGCGUCCCGAGUUGAAGGAUAUUCCAGUGGUUGCAGAGUUUCAGGAUGUAUUUGAGGCCUUAAAAGGACCACCGCCAGCCAGAGGAGAUGUCCUCACUAUUGAGUUGGAGCCAGGGACUACACCGGUUUCACGGGCUCCAUACCGUUUAGCACCAGCAGAGAUGGCGGAAUUGAAACUGCAAUUGGAGGAAUUAUUAAGUAAAGGUUUCAUCAGGCCUAGUACUUCACCAUGGGGAGCACCGGUAUUGUUUGUGAAGAAGAAAGAUGGGAGUUUCAGGCUUUGUAUCGACUACAGAGGUUUGAACAAGGUGACCAUCAAGAAUAAGUAUCCGCUUCCGCGUAUCGAUGAGUUAUUGGAUCAAUUGCAAGGAGCUUCAUGGUUUUCUAAGAUUGAUUUGGCAUCAGGCUACCACCAGAUUGCGAUAGCUGAUGAGGAUGUGCGGAAGACAGCUUUCCGUACACGUUAUGGACAUUAUGAGUUUGUAGUGAUGCCAUUUGGAUUGACGAAUGCACCUGCCGCGUUCAUGAAACUUAUGAAUGAUGUGUUUCGCGAGCAUUUGGAUAAGUGUGUCAUUGUCUUCAUCGAUGAUAUCUUGAUUUAUUCUCGGAGUAGAGAGGAGCAUGCAGAGCAUUUGCGGAUCGUGUUGAAUAAGCUCAGGGAAUAUAAGUUGUUUGGUAAGCUGAGUAAGUGUAGCUUCUGGCAGAGGAAGAUUGGAUUUUUGGGUCACGUGGUUUCUGAGGCAGGAGUUGCAGUAGAUCAAGAGAAAAUUACUGCAAUAUCAGAGUGGCCUACACCUAAGACUGCUACCGAGAUCCGCAGUUUUCUGGGUCUAGCAGGUUACUACAGGAAGUUUGUCAAGGAUUUUCCAGUAUCGCCAGACCGAUGA